AUGAAGCUAUCCAGCUUUCUCCGGCUUCCUCUGGUGCUUGCGCCUUUACUCUCACCUAUCCCCGUCGCCGCAGAGCAUACAAGCAAUUGGGCAGUUCUCGUAUCGACCUCACGAUUCUGGUUCAAUUAUCGCCAUUUGGCAAAUGUUCUCUCACUCUAUCGCACAGUCAAACGACUAGGGAUUCCGGAUUCCCAGAUUAUUCUCAUGUUGCCCGAUGAUAUGGCAUGUAACCCUCGGAAUGCCUUCCCCGGCACAGUCUACAGUAACGCUGAUCGCGCGGUGGAUUUAUAUGGAGAUAAUAUCGAGGUGGACUAUCGAGGAUAUGAGGUCACGGUGGAGAACUUUAUUCGACUGUUAACGGACAGAGUUGGGGAGGAAAUGCCAAGGAGCAAAAGGCUUUUGACGGACGAUAGAAGCAAUAUCUUGGUUUACAUGACAGGUCAUGGUGGGAAUGAGUUCUUGAAAUUUCAAGACGCGGAGGAAAUUAGUGCAUUCGACUUGGCGGAUGCAUUUGAGCAGAUGUGGGAGAAGAAGAGGUACCACGAAUUACUUUUCAUGAUCGAUACAUGCCAAGCGAACACCAUGUACAGCAAAUUUUACUCUCCCAAUAUAAUUGCAACGGGCUCUUCGGAAAUUGAUCAGUCCUCAUAUUCUCAUCAUGCGGAUAAUGAUGUUGGAGUAGCCGUCAUUGAUCGAUACACAUACUACAAUCUGGACUUCCUUGAAACUCAGGUUCGAGAACCUGGCAGCAAGAAGACAUUGGGCGAUUUGUUUGAUAGCUAUGACGAGGCAAAGAUUCAUUCGCAUCCAGGUGUCAGAUGGGAUCUUUUCCCAGGUGGAGAGGAAAGAGGGAGAGAAAGACUAUUAAUGGACUUCUUCGGCAAUGUACAAAACGUGGAAGUUGACAAGAUCGCAAACGACACGGAAUGGAGAGAGGAUCUAUUAUCUUUGGGCAAGAAGAUUGCCGAGCUACGUGAGCGAACUGAAGUGGCGUCGAAGAAUUCUACAUCCUCUACAACCCUUUUCGAAAGUCAACCAACACGCAGAAUACGUGCUGCAAAGGUUGAGGUGGACAAUUCUUGGUGGGGGAAGAAAGCCGUGGGCGCAUGGGCUUUAGCAGGUUGUUCACUCGUUUGGCUCGCAGGAACAUACCUAGAGUCGGCAUAG